AGGCCCCGCCCCCCGGCGCCGCCCCACUUCCGGAAAUGGCGGCGUGAUGGCGGAGCGGCAGAGCUCGGGGCCCGCGGGCGGGAAGGGCGCCGACUCCCCCGGGCCCGCCGACAGGCCCGGCAACAAGUGGGUGCGGCUGAACGUGGGCGGCACCUACUUCAUCAGCACCAAGCAGACCCUGUGCCGCGACCCCAAGUCUUUCCUGUGCCGCCUGUGCCAGGAGGACCCCGACCUGGACUCCGACAAGGAUGAAACUGGUGCCUAUCUCAUUGACAGAGAUCCAAGUUACUUUGGCCCAAUCCUCAACUAUCUUCGACAUGGCAAACUGAUCAUUAACAAGGACUUGGCAGAGGAGGGGGUGCUGGAGGAGGCAGAGUUCUAUAACAUUGCCUUACUUGUCCGAUUGGUCAAAGAACGUAUUCGGGACUUGGAGAAUAGGACUUCACAGGGUCCAGUGAAACACGUUUACCGUGUCCUACAGUGUCAGGAGGAGGAACUCACACAGAUGGUUUCUACGAUGUCGGACGGAUGGAAAUUUGAGCAGCUCAUUAGCAUCGGAUCCUCCUACAACUAUGGCAGUGAAGAUCAGGCUGAAUUUCUCUGCGUUGUCUCCAGGGAGCUGAACAACUCAACCAAUGGAAUUGUCAUAGAGCCUAGUGAAAAAGCCAAGAUUCUGCAAGAGCGAGGCUCGAGGAUGUGACCUUGUUGGUCGGAAUUGCUGCUUACAUUCCGUAUGUUGAAGAGGAAUCGUCCGUCUGCUGAGGGUGCCAACCCUUUGCCAUCCUCUGACACUGGCCUCGACACUUUCAGUUCACGUGGGCCUCCAAGAUUUGAGGGUUCGUUUUACUGAGAAAUCAACCUCUCUGCCUUUCACCUGAAGCCUAUGAGAGGCUCACAGCACUUCUCUCAAAAAUUAAUUGUUAAGGCUGCCAAAUCUCCCUGUGUCAUUGUUUGUUGUUGUAUAAUAUAUAUUCAGCCAAUGCAUUUAAUUGCCUUUAACAGACCUGUGAUGUUGCUUGUUCCUCAGUGACUAGGAAGCAAAGCCACAUUAAUUUCAGUGUGUGUGCUCAGUGAAAGUUCUUUUGUGUUCUUUCUGUGGAGCAUUGUGUGCAUGGAUUCCACUCAAUGAAUACAGGGCAGGUUUCUUGGGAGGGGCAGGAUACAGUAUUGUAAUUAUUGCGUAAACACUGAAUGAAGUGAUUCAGUAAUUCAUGUUAAUGUUAUUUUUCCUCUUGCAUUGGAUCACUACUUUUAUGACAAUAAUGUGAUGAUUAAACCAUUCAGUAUUGUCAUUCGGAUUUCGCUGAAGCGUUGUGCUGUUCUGUUUAGAAUGUUUACAUUCAUUUCAAAAUGCCAACAUGUGGUUCUGAGUUGUGUGGGUCCAAAUCUAGGUUUGCUGGAGAAGAGGCCAUCUUUAACAGUAUGUUUGGAAUAACAGUGAUCUACUUGUGCUGGAGAAUCCGAAGUGCAUAAGAAAUAAAUAUGGAGGGCUUCUUCAGUACUCAGUCAGACCAUGGUCAAUCCUGUACUUUGUCCACUUUGUACACAGUCCCCAGAUCCUUCGAUUCCCUUGGAGAGACUUUUGAAUACCAUCUCAAUUUUGAACAUACUCAACUGCUGAGAAUCCUGUUGUAUAGUAACAAUUUUACUGAUUGUUACUGUAAUCUGAUCUUACUGCCACAGUAUAACACAAGGUAGAUCAAUGGGGACUAUUAAUCACUGUAUAACUUGCAGUACUGCAAUGGGGGGGGGAGAUAUCUCCAUUGUAACCUAGGGCACAGCACUGGGGAACGUAAACAUCUAUCACUGGAACAUGGGGUAUAGUACAGAUGUACACGUACACCAAUGUCACUCAGCCACUCUGCAACCCUGUCCUUGCCAUCCUCACCAAAUCUCCUCCCAGUAACUACUGGGCAGAUCAAAGUUGUGUUCUGUUUCUGAAAUGAAUUUCACUUCUUAUGCACCAGCUCCAUCCUCCAUCCUUCUCCAUGAUAUCUCAAACUCAGCCGGACUGUUCACAAGCUUCAUCUCACAUUUAAGCGUACAACCGUACAUUUGUGCCACCGACAAGGCUGAUUACUUUUAAUUCAGUGCUGCCUCAACAGAAUUGCCACUGAAAUCAUCUACAGCUCAAUUACCUCCAGACUUCACUACUACUAAACCAAAACCCCCUCCAACCUUUUCGUUCUAUCCUCCUUAAGCUUCCAACAUCCAAAUAUCUGCUGCUCCAUCCAUCGUUUUGGGAAGUACAGUGGAUUAGCAGAGCACAGCUCAGAGGCCUGCAGUGCACUCAGUGUGGAGUUUGCACUUUCUCCCUGUGACCACGUGGUGCCUUCCAGUUUCCUCAUGUACAAAAACUGUGCUAGAUGGUGGAUUCAUUGACUGCUGUCAACUCCCCCUUUUGUAGGCAGGUGGUAGGAAAAUCAUGGGGCAUGUGAGAGAAUAGGUUACAGGGAAAUAAGUGGGUGAAUGGGAUCGCCCUGAGCCCCAGCAUAAACUCAAGGGGAUGAAAUGCCUCUGCGCAUGUCAUAAGAGAACAUGACCCCAGUGUUCACUAAUUUACCAGUUAAACAGCUAAAUUACAAGAUUCUUACCAUUUUUCAUAUCCUUUCAUGACCUGACUCCUUCCAGAUCUGUGUGUCUGGGAUAUCUGCCUCCUGAUUGUCCCUGUUGGUAAUUGCUUCCCCACUGGUUGUCAUGCCCUUCAUCUGCUAAACUCCUUUUGAUGACUUCCUCAAAUCUGGGAACUGUUGUCAAAAUUGGGAGCUGUACAUCUAGCAAGUCAAGUGACAGCCUGGAUCAUAUCUUUCAACCACCCCCAAGGCUGUCAUGGUACAUAAGAAACAGCACCCACCAGAGAUGGUGGCACAAAAGUGUUCAGUCAGGGAGUAUCUCAUCUCCGACACUGGCUCUGGACACUGAAGUCUCAUCGCAGCAGGUCAAACAAGAAGAAAACCUGGGGAUUGCCACCCAACUGUCUUCCCUCAGAUGAUGAAUCGGUGCACCUCCAUGUUGAACACAGGAUAGGAGGGGCACAGAACAAACUGGGAAAUUCAACAUCUAUCACAAAGAGUGGUUUGAACCACCAAGCUGGUUCAGUUCUGAAGGACACGGGACUGCAGCACAUGCAUCCAUCCAUGGCACUAUUGGUGGAAGUGACCACCGCAUGUUCCUCGUGGAAGCAAAGUUCAUCCUCAAUCCUCAAACCAUUUAUUGCACAGCACUACCUCUGCGUCAAAUGGGAUAGAUUUGCAACAUGAAUGUGGAAUUCAAAGCAGGAUAUACGGGAGAUCCUUUUGGUCAUCAGCGGAACUGCAAUCCACCACAAAGUAUUAGCGUGUUCUAUAAUUAUCAUCAAGCAAGCAAGCCUAAUUCAAUGAGGUGUGCAGGAGGGGCCUGCUGAGAGCAGGACCCACUAAACCUGGGAAAGCUGCAACAGAGCCCAGCAGUGGAAGCAGCAGGUGACACAGCUUGGCAUUCCUCAAAGGAUCAGACCAGAGCUCUGUGAGCCUGCAACAUCUGGUGGUGGAUUAAUGGGAGGAGGAAGCAUCUCCAAGAACAGCACCAACCUCAACAGCGGGAUAACCCAGGACAACUGGCAAAGACAAGCCUGAAGUGUUUUCAACCAUCUUCAGCCAGAGUGAUGUAGGAAGUAAUUAAGAACAAUUUUAUCAAAUCAUGAUUAUCUUUGCAUUGAUCAGUUACGUGACACAUUGCUGAACUCGACUCCAUUCCCUUUUUCCUCAAUAUUGCCACUGCCACUGUUUAAGGAAUGGACAAA